UUCCUUUUUCUUUUCUAUCUUUGUAACUUUUAGGGAAUAGAGAUUGAAAUCCUGGCUAUAUAGAUUUUUUUUAAUAUAUAUUUGAUAGCUCAAAAGGAUUUAAAAAUCACAAUUCUCAUCUAGACUUUGAAAUAUUUUUUUUUUUUAAAAAUGGCAUUUACAGGGGCCCCACAAAAAUGUAAAGUAUGUGAAAAAACUGUUUAUAUUGCAGAAAUGAUCUCUACAAGCGGUGUUGCUUAUCAUAAUACAUGUUUUAGGUGUAACCAUUGCAAUGGAAGGCUUGCAUUGAGCACUUAUUCAACUCUUGAUGGAGUAUUAUAUUGUAAACCUCAUUUUGAACAAAUCUACAAGGAAAAAGGAGGAGCUCCCUUGAAGCAUUCUGCAUCAUUGGGAAGGCAAAAUGAACUGAACAGAAGCUCUAGUAAAGUUUCGGCUUUAUUUUCUGGUACUCAAGACAAAUGUGCAGCUUGUAAAAAGACUGUUUACCCCUUGGAGAAGGUGACGGUGGACGGUGAAAUGUACCACAAGAUAUGUUUUAGAUGUGUCCAUGGAGGUUGUAAACUUACAACAUCAUCUUAUGCUGCAUUUGAUGGAGGUCUCUAUUGCAAACCUCAUUUCUCUCAAUUGUUCAAAGAAAAAGGUUCAUAUAAUCAUCUAAGCAAAAAUGCUUCAAUGAAGAAAAAUGAAAGUUUAAUCAACGUUGAACAAGAAGGUUCUAGUACAAACACAAGAUGAUAAGUCAUCCUAUGUUAAUUUACGUAUGAAAUUUUAUUUAACGUCAAUACGUUUAUAUUCAGAUAAUUGUAAAGGGUUAUGUUCACUCAUAUGGUAGAAUGACUAAGUAAACAUGAUAAGAAAAAAAAUAUUGUUUGGUAGUUCACUUA